AUGGGCUCCCUCUCCCCCCUCGAACCGCUCUUCCAGCCCCUCCGCCUGGGCGCCUUCUCGCUGCAGCACCGCGUCAUCCAAGCCCCCUGCACGCGCAUGCGCUCAACCAAAGAGUCCGACGGCGUCUGGGUUCCCAAUGACCUCAACGUGCAGUACUACGAGCAGCGCGCAUCCAAGGGCGGGCUGAUGCUGACUGAAGCGACUCCAAUCUCCCACUCAGCAGCAGGAUACCCCGGCGUGCCGGGCAUAUUCACCCCCUCCCAAAUCGCAGCCUGGAAGAAGGUCACCGACGCCGUGCACGCAAAAGGCGCUGUGAUCCUGUGCCAGCUGUGGCAUGUCGGACGGGCCACGACACCCGGGUGGCUAGGCGGGCGCCAGACCAUCUCGUCAAGCAACAUCCCUAUCUCAGGAAAUGCUCUCGACGGGUCCGCGUACGCUGAUGCCCCGCCGAGGCCGAUGACAGUCGACGAGAUCCAGCAGACCGUGGCGGAGUACGCGGCUGCGUCCAAGAGGGCCAUGCAGGCUGGGUUUGAUGGUGUUGAGAUCCACGGCGGAAACGGGUACCUCCUGGACCAAUUCCUCCACGACAACGUCAACACGCGCACCGACGCCUACGGCGGAAGUAUCGAGAACCGCACCCGGAUCGUGCUCGAGAUCAUCUCCGCCGUAACAGAGGCAAUCGGCGCCAACCGCGUCGGAAUCAGGCUCAGCCCGUACAAUUACUUCCAGGAUACGCGGGACUCGAACCCGCAGAAACACUGGGGGUAUCUGUGCGGUGCGAUUGCGGGUUUAGCGGAGUCGGCGCGCCCGGCGUAUGUGCAUAUGAUCGAGCCGCGGUUUGAUGAGGUUCUUGAUGAGAGCGCGAAGAUUGAGGCGCUGGAAAAGACGCAGGAGGUUGUUGUUCCGUCGUUGGAUUCGUUCCGGGGGGUGUUGAAGAAGGGGGGUGUGGGAUUCAUUGCGGCGGGGAAUUUCAAGGAGGGGAAUGCCGGGGAGAAGGUUGUUGGCGAUGGAGCUGAUGCUGUGGCGUUUGGGCGACUGUUUAUUGCGAAUCCGGAUCUGCCCAGGAGAUUGAAGGAGGGACUGCAGUUGAAUGAGUAUGACCGGGAUACGUUUUAUGGUGCCAGUCCCCCGCAGAAGGGCUAUACAGACUACCCGUUUGCUUGA